AUGAGUAGCGCCGUGCGCACCUACCGCGGCCAGACGCGCGAGCAAGUGCAGGAGCACCGGGCGGCGGUGCUGGAUGUGCGCGAGGCGCAGAAGCGCGCGUUGGGCGCACAAGAGUACGUCGCCGCGUGCGCGCGUGCGGAGCCCCAGCAAGUCGCGCGCAUCGUCGACAUCCCCCAAGUCGAUGGUGUGCCUGCCUUUCCUGAGCGUGAUUGGAUUCAUGUGCAGCUGAUGCAACUUGUGCGUGAUCUCAAUGUCCCGUGGCUUGUCUUGCUCCAGACCGAGUGCGCCGCCGAGCGCCCGACGUGUGCUUCGCUACACGUCGGCAAAGACGUGUAUCUGUGCCCCACCCACGGUGAUGGGCGUGCAUGCACUGCGCUCGAGUACAUUCAUCAUGCGCUGGACGGCGUUGCAAAGCAGCUGUCGUCGACGCAAGCCUUCCCCCCCCAGCAGCCGAUCCCCACGCGGAGCGUGCGUUUGUUUGGCACUGCCUGCAAGCAGCUUGCGCGUAUCUUUUUGCAUAUCUACCACCACCAUCCUGCCCUAUUCGCGCGGUGCGAGGCGGAUACGGCGCUCUACGCACGGUUCCGUCUGCUGUCGGAGCGCUUUACUCUGUUUCCGGCCGACGCACUGCCGGUAGAGCCUUGA